CAAAUGCACUCAUCUAGAUAUUUACAUAAUUUCACUUUAAUCAGUUGAAUCUGCAUCUGAUAACCCAAUCGCCCCCCUUUAGGAAAUACCUAGCCGCUGAUAACGCAUAGAGGUACCGUAAAACGAUUUAAUUUGGAUUCUUGCAGGCACUUUCUAACAAAAUGUAAUUAUGUGUCCUAUGAUUGACUAUACUGUGAACAUACCUAAUUGUUUUAACCAAAAAACUAGGUAGGGCCAAGGGUAGGGCUUUAGAAGCCUUUUACAAUGGAGUUCAUUAGACAUGGACAAAUAGUUGCCAUUGCCUUGGCCAUUGUAGUCCGACAUCCACCAAAGGUUGCUACGAUUCACGUUUUGAUAGGCCAAAUACUUGUAAACAAAGAAAACCCACCAGACCUGACGGUACUUCAUUACCGGCCAUCCAAAGAUUCAAAGUAUUCUCAUGCGAGUAUUUAUGACCUGGUCAAGUAGAGGAAUACGAUGCAUUCUACAGGCAACCUCGCAAGUGGCAUCAUCAUUCGGAUGAGCCGAUCCCAUUGGAAUAAAAUAAAUCGAAUGUUAGUUCGUGUUCACGUUCACGGUAACGUCUCUUAUCGCGUUCGGAGUUCCCACAUUGAAAAUUUAAAUUUCAAAUAAAUAUUAACGACGGCAUAUCCCAUGAGAAAUUUGUGAUUCGGUGCUGGAUGAUUUUAGAAAAUGAAGUUAGAUUUUUGGAACUUUGUCAUACUUUCAACCAGUCUAGUGUUAGCAGGAUUGGAUGUCCAGGGAAACGAGCUGAAAUGUGGCAGGCGGCAACAAAUAUCCCAGUCGGAAACAGUCCCAACGAUCAUCAAUGGAACGGAAACUACGGAAGGCCAAUGGCCCUGGCACGUUGCAAUAUUUCACUCGUUCCAAUAUGUCUGCGGUGGAUCCAUUAUUUCCAAAACUUACGUUCUGACCGCAGCACAUUGUACGCUUCACCGUAAGAAUCGACAAAAGCAGAACGUGAAAAACAUUUUCGUUGAUGCCGGAACACAUGAUUUGUUCACAUUCUACAACAGACAGCGACAUUCCGUCAAAUCCGUUUCCAUUUUUGACAACUAUACGUGGCCAAGUCAUCAGUACGAUAUCGCUAUUCUGGAGCUCGAUACAGAAUUAAAGUUCGAUCAAUAUGUCCAACCAGUGUGUGUGUCCCUCGAACAAAAUCUAGUUAACAAGGUUGGCACGGUUGUCGGAUGGGGAUUGACUGAGUUCGAUACAGCAUCUACUAUUUUGAGAGAAGCUCGGUUACCAGUGGUAGAUACUAUGACUUGUCUGAAUAGUGAUCAUGAGGCUUUUGGGCCAACUUUGAAGAGACAAAUGUUCUGUGCUGGCUACACAAAUGGCACAGGCGUGUGCAAUGGUGACAGCGGUGGAGGGCUAUUCUUUGAAGUCAACGGAGUCUGGUACUUAGGAGGGAUCGUAUCGUUCACGAGAGCGCGAGAUGAAAACAAAGCAAUGUGCUACACGGAAGGUUAUGGUGUUUUUACCAAGAUACAUGACUUCCUUUCGUGGAUAAGAGAACACACCCAUCUUAAGCACCUCAUCGGUGAAGGGGAACCCCUAAACAAGAAGAUCUGCGUUGCGAUCAACGCAACUGCAACGAAUACGGACGCACGUAAGCUUCCAAGGCAAUGCGGAGUCUACUAUCCGAAUCGAAUGUUUAGGGGCCAGCGAACAAGAGUUUUCGAGUUCCCCUGGAUGGCGUUGUUGAUCCAUGCCAGUGGAUAUUGGCAAAGGGUUGGAACUCUUAUCAACAAUCGAUAUAUCCUAACUGCAGCGUUACCUUUUCUACCUAGAGACGUGUAAGUGGUUGAUAUGAAAUAGAGUUGAAUAAGUAGUACAAACAGUGUGAAUCUGUAAAGCAUCAUUUUGGAAAUCGACGUACGCCAUAACGCUAUCAUAAUUAAUGAGCUUGCUAUAAGCAUUUCUUGAUCAAUGAGCAAGAGGUGAUUAAUUGUGAAAUUCUGGAGGAAUCACCAGAGGAGAAUUCUGAAGGGAUCUCCAGAUUCCUGGAUGAAAUCCUCAAAGGCAAUCCAUGGAGAGAUUCCCAGAGGGAAUUCCUAAAGAAAUCUCUAAACAGGAUUUUGAAAG